AUGUCAUCUUUUUCAGCUAAAGUUCUCUAUUUUUUGAUCACCGGUGCUCUUCUUUCCGCAGUCUCAACCAGGAAGCUAGCGGUGAUUCCAGCAACGGAGGUGGAAGAAAAUGCUUUAUCUGGAAGCUUUGGUAUCGGAGCUGGAGCCAACAUGGGUCGUGGUGGCCUUCUAGGAGGAGCAAUUCCUGGGAUGAAUACGGGUGUCGCCGGUGGAAUCGGUGGUAGUUUCGGACCUGGUGUUGGAAUUCCGGGAGGCGGACUUGGUGGCCCCGGCGGCGGAUCCGGGGGUCUUGGUCAAGGAUUUGGUGGCGGUGGAGUGUUUGGAGGUGGUGGGUCGAAUGGUGGUCAGGGUUUCGGAAGUGGAGGUGUAGCUGGUAGCAGUGGUGGUAUAGGCGGAGAUCAAGGUUUUGGUGGUGGUGGGCUUGGCCGGAGCAUUGGACUUGGUGGUGGAAUUGGAACAGGUAACACCGGAUUGGGUAACGCGGGAAUUGGUGCGGGGAUUGGUGCCGGUAUUGGUGGCGGUGGUCUAGGUGGGAUUGGCAGCGGUGGUGUUGGUGGAGGAGGUAUGGAUGGGCAGCCAUGUUCGAAAAUCUGGAUCUUCAAAUUGAUACUCUACUGUUUUCGUAAUAUUUUCGAAGUGAUGAUUUCCAAAGAUAGCUUUUUCGAAGUCCUUUAUUUAUUUAAGAUGAUAUGAAGAUUGGAGCAUGCUUAGGAUGUUCGAGGGAGCUCUCAUUAAAGUUUCGAAAUUUUUGGAGCUAAAUUGAAUAGUUUGGAAAAUCAAAAAAUGGACAUUAACCAGGUUAAAACACGAACCACGCUUUGGUACUCUCGUUGUUACGUGGAAAAGGUAGGAGUUGUAAAUGUGUCAUGUCAUUGAUCAGGUUAAAUUGAAUAAUUUUUACACGAGUUGUUACAUGUAAUGUAAGGCAUGUCAUUACAUGGGUUGUGUAACAUGAUCUGGUAGUUAUCUUAGAUUUGCAACUUACGAUUAAAAGGAGAUUUCUUGUUAUUUUUUUGGGGUCUUCGACCAAGGACUUGGAAGGGGCGAUUUUGAAAGAUCAUAUCAUCAUUUAGCACUUUGGAAACAUUUUUUCUUUGAUUUUGUAAGUUCGUUUUAAGAUUAAAUCUUGUUGAAUUUGUAUUCUAAGUUAGUCAUGUGUGGCUAACUUUUCUCAUCAUUUCCGGUUAUAGAUCCUUAAUUACUAGUUG